GACGCGCAUGCGCAAACCGCCGCCAAAGUUAACUCCUGAACUUCACAGAGCCGAAACAUUUCUUAGAUUUAUAAAAUCAGCGCGCUGACAUGGCAUUCCGCCGGAGAAACAAGAGCUACCCGUUCUUCAGCCAGGAGUUCCUCAUCCAGAACCACGCCGACAUCGUGUUCAGCCUGGUGAUUUUCAUUCUGAUCGGGCUGAUGUUCGAGGCAACAGCAAAGACGGCCAUACUCUUCAUUCAGCCUCAGUACAACAUCACCACAUUAUCACUAGAGGGAGAGGUGACUACGUAUCAAUAUGGGUGGAAGGACUGCGCCACCAUCCUCUUCUACUUCUUCAUCGCUAUCAUCCUCCAUGCUGUAGUGCAGGAGUAUCUUCUGGAUAAGGUGAACCGCCGCCUUCACCUGUCCAAGAGCAAAAACACCAAGUUCAAUGAGUCGGGUCAGCUGUGCGUGUUUCACUUGGUGUCGAGCGUGUGGAGUUUCUACAUCCUCAUUACAGAAGGAUAUCUCCUGCAUCCCAGCAGCCUUUGGGAGAACUACCCUCAUUCCCAUCUCAGGUUUCAGGUGAAGUUUUUCUACCUCACUCAACUGGCCUACUGGCUCCACGCUCUGCCGGAGCUCUACUUCCAGAAAGUACGCAAGGAGGAGAUGCCUCGUCAGCUGCAGUACAUCUGCCUUUAUCUGCUGCACAUCUCUGCAGCGUAUCUGUUGAAUUUGAAUCGUGUGGGACUGGUGCUCCUCUUUCUCCAGUACGUGUCAGAACUGGGCUUCCACAUUGCAAGACUCUUGUACUUUACCGAUGAGAAUCAUCAAAAGAUGUUUGAUCUGUGGGCGGUGAGCUUCGUCUUUACACGGAUGGCCACUCUGACCCUGAUGUUCCUCGCUGUGGGCUUUGGGCUGGCCCGUUCUGAGAAUCAGGGGCUCAACCUGGAGAUGGGAGACUUCAACACUGUCCUGAUAAGGAUGACUGUUCUCCUGGUGGUGUGUUUGACCCAAUCUUGGCUCCUCUGGAAGUUUAUCCGCUUCCAGCUGAGGCGCUGGCGGGAGUUCAGACACGAACAGGCGUUCCGCAAGAAGGCCGCGAAACAACCCCUACGGCAAUUAAAGAGGGACUCACUCGGCCAUCAUGAAAACGGCGUCCUUAAAGCCGAGAACGGACUCUCGCCUCGGACAAAGAAGCUCAAGUCCCCCUGAGGUGGCACGCCUCCUGGCUUCAGUGGUGGCUUUCUCCCUAGCUAAGGUUUCUCAUCGGCGCAGCAGUGAAGCCAGGGGAGGAGUACUGGUGGUCACAAAGUUUUGGCUGAGAACGGCCUGUGAUGAUACAGGGACUCGGUUACUGCGGACUUUGGCUUGAAUGCUGGAAACAAAAAUGAAAAUCCAAGGACAUCCUUUGAGCCCAAACAGGCAUUUAUUCCUUUCAUCAUAUCAGUAUUUUUUAUUUUUUUUUAUUUUAUACAUCCACACAGCCUGCAAUCCAACACUAAGGCACACCGUUGCAGAGUGAUUUAUAAAGAAAGAGUAAAGUGAGCAUUGUAUGCUGCACAUGUUAUCGUUGUGUCCAUGUUGAAUGUGUUUUUUUUUUUUUUGCAUACUCUCGAACAUAAGUACUGUACUGCAGCUCGUACUAUUGAGCCAGCUUUGCUUGUUUUCCAUUCUGCUCCACUGGUGCGGAAAAGCGUUGCUGAUGACAUGGUAUGAUAUGAACUAACUGGCAAAAAGAAUAAAAAAUAAAAAAUCGUGCAUUUCUCACUGGUCACUUAACAGAUUUGUAUCAAUUUAUGUAUUGCAGAUGUUACUGCAUGACAAUUCAUGUUCUUUUAUUUUUUUUCCCCUCCUCCCUAUUGUUAUGUUAAUUACUUUAUUAAAAAAUACAUUGGUCUGA